AUGCAAGCACGCUCAGGAAGACGGGCCGACCUUCAUUUGCCCUGUUCCAUUGCCGCUGUUUGCUUGAUUAUAGGGAACGAGGUCCUUCUAGCGGCUUUGCCUCUGUUGCGAAGCACCUCAAGUACAACCUAUAUCCCGAGUCCCAUUGUGCUGCAACCAGCUCUGACAGCGGACGACCGUCUUGGAUGUUGGUCAGAUGGUCCCACAGCUGAGCCAGAGGUUUCUACGUCCUGGAGAGACCUGAGCAACCCCCUGAACAGAUUGGAUCCAGAUUCCAUAAGAAUUCUGCCAGCCGGGGAGGAGGGAAAGCGUGUUUCCCGCAGAAACCGGUGGAUGACAUUUGGCAUGUCCUCUAUCAAACGUCCAAAGGCAUCGUACCUGGGCAUUACCUUGUCGCGGAUGUUCAACGUCUUGGAUUUGGAAUUGGCUGAGACGGCUAUCAUUGUACAUCUAGCAGACUUUGAUGAAGAAUGGGUGAUUGCAACUGCUCGGUGGUUGCAAUCAAGUUUUGCAACAGAAAUGAGCAGAGGGCGUUUGCAAGUUAUUCACGCUCCUCGGAAUUUGUAUGCUUUGAAGCAAGCGGACCUGCAUGCCCUUGACUUGAGUGGGUUCAAAGAUGUGAGCAUCAACGGGAAGUAUUAUCGGCAGGAAAAACUCGUGGGAGGUCAUGUCACAUAUUGGUCUCAGAAUGGAAAGUGGGUACUUUUCUGGUGCUCUGUAAAGACGUCAGUUGUUGCUCAUCGAAGGUGGGCUGUAGGGAGGACUGAUGAUUGGACUGCAAUACAGGGAGGAGCGGGAGGAGCGGGAGGAGCUUGUGUGGCAUUUGCCAGGGCUCCAGAAGACAUGGAGGUGCUUGAUCCCAUCAUAACGGGCUGGGAACAGUUCCUGGAACGUUGGGAGUUGGCACCAAAGGCAGGCAUUUCGAACUUGGAUUUGAGCGAAGGAGAGCUGUUAAAGUUUGGCGACAGCCCAAAGAGACAGUGGUGGAGAACAAAGCAAAAUCUUGACUACACCUUCUUGAUGUGGUAUGCCGCCAAUUUGUCCGAUUACUAUAUGCAACUGGAGGAUGACGUACAGCCAGUUCCUCACUUUAUUUUGUCUGUUCGAAGCUACAUUCGGAGAAGUUUGCUUGGCAAGCAUUGGGUCAUGGCAUCAUUCUCAUCUUUGGGAUUCAUUGGAAAGCUCUUCAACAACAGCCAUAUUCCAAAACUUGCUGAGUUUUUGCUCACUUUCAGCACUGAAGCGCCCUGUGACUGGCUAGUAUGGGUUUGGAUUGAUGCUUUAUCUCCGUGGCCAGUCGCGUUGGACAUUCCCAAAGAUGUGGCCAAUGAGAUUGAGAAGCGUCAGAAAGCUGAACAAACAGGCCCUGAAGCUAUAAAAAAGCUGGGUUUCAUGAGAGAUGACAUCCAGCCCUACUAUCUAAAUUCCUCCUGGCCACGAAUCUUUUCGAGUCCACCAGGAGCACCAGACUUGAAGAAGCUGUGGCCUGGCAAGAACGGAGUGGUCGAUGGCUUUCUGGAAGCGAACGUGAUCUCCAACAUGCAAGCCCACCAGGCCUUCAAGGCCAAUUUGAUCUAUCCGCCCGGCGAUCCAUUGGGAUUUUGGACUUCAGAUACCUGUAGUCAGAAGAAUGACUUGUCAUGUAAAAGUGGCAAGUUCAUCAGAGUGAUAUUUGAUGAGCCAGUGCAAGGAGAGAUAAAGGUUGCUGUCAAGCAGGCUCGUCGAGGGCAUGAGAAUGACUUCAUCAAGCAAGGCUCCUUGAAAUCCUCCAACUUGGUAAGUUGCCAAGAGCCGCAGAAGUUGAAGGAACUUACACAACCUGAGGAAACGUGGAAAGGAACGAUGCACGGCACUCGCUGUCUAGAAGUCACUCUUGACAGGCCGCAGAAGGAGUGGAUAGCAAUCCGAGAAAUAGAAGUGGAACACAUGGGACGCACGGAACUGCUAACCAGCAAAGCCGUUGACAAGGCCCUUGACAAGCCACACGCAUCACCAGGGUUUCUGCAACCUCGGAGGCAUGCCGAACCUGCAUCGUACGCUGUUCAGCAUGCCUUGGAAGCGGCAGCAUUGGGAUUCCUUGCAGGCAGUGCUGCGUGGCUUGCCUUUUGGCAGCUUAGCAAGAGUGGGCUUGGUCAGAUUACGAAUUCACUUGGCUGCUUUGGUCCUUGGAGCCUCACCUUCAUCCUCAUCAUGGAUUUGGCAUUGGUGAGCUUGAUAGACUCGUCACCUCAAAGUGUAUUGACAACUCAGCCUUUGCCAGAGCCGGCCACAUAUACCAGGGCAGCAACUGUCUGCAAGAAUGGUAGGCCGCGUGAGAAAAUUCCGAUCGAUUGGCGUUUUCUCCAACCUGGAAUUUCCUUUGUUGACAAGGCUUUGGUUCGGCACUUAGGCCCUGCAAACGAUCCAAGAGAGCACGGAGAAUCCAAUGGAGAAUCCAAUGGAGAACAUGGCUCAGUGAAGAGCAGAACGAAAAGCCGAAUGUCAAUCGGUGUGAUAGCCGAACCUGAUUUGGACGCUGCUGCUGUUGCGACAUCAAUCAAACAACUAGUUGCUAGUGCUGCUGGCCAUGCCACCGUGGCGGUUCUUGUUGCCCAAGCGAGAAAUCCGUUGGAAAGACGGCAAGAUUUUUUGCAGAAACUCCUCCAUCAUCUUCGGGGGUCUUUGCAGGUUGGAGACAGAAGAUUUCUUCAUAUCCUGGACCCUGCCGGAGGCCUGUACCCUGAUCCACCUGCAAGGACGGACAGCAUAGAUUUGGCUUUAUUGACAGCUUUUGUCGAACCCCUGAGUGACAGUUUCAUGCUUGUGGAGUUAGAUAGUGUCCUGGUGCAAGACUAUCCGAAGCAUGCGCAGCGCUUCGUUGAGUAUUUGGACUCCGAGAACAUUCCCUGGAUUGUGAUCGAAUUCGACAACUUAUUUGGAAUUGCACGAAAGCUUGUGCGGUCUCGCUUGCUGCCCAGACUGAGAGAGAUUCUGGUGAUGUUUCCAGAGGCUCCUGCAGACUCCAUUUUCUGGGACUUCAUUGAUAUCGUGGGCAAUGAGACUGCGCCCAAGUCAAUCUACUUGGGCACCGAUGCAGCGAAACGGGAUCGACCAGAUGUGAAGUUACAACAUCAGAAACAUCAGGCUCUCUUGGAGCAUCUUGGAGACGUCUCCUCACUGGAGGGCAAGGUGCAGAGGGCUCAGGAGGAGUUCUUCAAGAAGAAUCCCAUUGUGGAUUCACUUUUUGACAACCCUCCUGGAACACUUCGAACAAACAUGGUUGAGAUCCGCCAGGACAUUUUGCAGUCUGUUUACGACGGCUCCCAGACCAGUGGCAGCGAGGUCACAUGUGGAGGGCACACCGCAAAGAGUUGUAGCCACUGCCCACAAGGGCAUGGGGCAAGUUGGUGCAACCGAGAUUGCGGUUGGAUCGAUGGUACUUGCAAAGCCCUUUUCAAAGCGGAGCAGGUCAUGACAAGUAAGGGCCUCUGGUUUGAGAUUGUCUUUGAUGCCGCGCAAGAUGUAGAAAUCGUGAGCUUGCGCAUGGGUGGCACAGUCAAGCCGCCAGCAUGCAGCGGCGACAGUUGCAAGGACAAAGCUCCUGAUGAGUCUCCUGAUGAUGAAUUUGCCCACGCGUUGGAUGAUGCGGAAUUGUUGUUUGGUCAAGGUCAAAUGGAGUUGAUGGGUGGUGAAGUUGGAUGCAGAAAGUAUUUCAAAGUUCGCAACAUUGCUGGGCGGGAAGUCUUCUGGAAGAGCAACAACACCCGAUAUGUCAAUGCUGUCAAGUGCAUCAGGAUCUCCAUUCCACGUGCCCAGCAGCAUCCGUUGAUUCUUCGAGCCUUUGAAGUUCGGAGCUCUAAGGCAGGCUACAACAACAUUGCAAGCCUUGCCGCGGCCGGUUUCAACAUCCCGCCCGAGCUAGACAGCAGAUGGUCGCUGAAAGGUGCAAUCCACUCUCAACGCAUGGAGGAGGGUGACCAAUGGCAAGAACAGCAUCUGGAAUGGGUGCUGCUGAUGAGCGUUGCUUUGGUAUCUGGAGCGUUUGCGGGUGUCUUGGGAUGCCUUUUUCCCAAACAGCGGAAGAAGCGCAGAAAGCUUGCGCCGACAUAA